AAACAUUCGGGCAUCUGUGAACCCACGGGUUCAAAGAUAAAAGACCAAAAAUUUCCGGUUUUUCUUUUUGGCUACCAUUACACUACCGGAUAACAGGACGUUGGCUGUACUUGCACUCCCCCUCAUAUCCAGUAUGACAAUGGUGCUAAGAAGAGGAGCGAUGACGCUCACUUUCCUAUUCCAAACCCCUCCUCCUUCUCUCUAUCUCUCCCACACUUCUUCUCUCUCCAUUCCCACAACCACCACCACCACCACCCCUUCUCUUCUCUCUCUCCGACACUCUUCAAUUCCCGCUUCCAAAACCCUAACCCCUUCUCUCCCCCCUUCCGAGAAACCCCUCUUAUUCAUCCCACCAGGAGUUGAACCCACCCAAGUCAACGACUCCAUGAUUCUCCCUUUCUCUAACAUCGUCGUCGGACCCUACGCCGGCGAAUCUCGAAUCAAGGAUGUCCAAUUCGUUAAGAGUAGUCCCCGGGCAAAAGAUUGCCCUAAAGAUGACCGACCUGAAUUCGCCAUUCUUGGUCGUUCUAAUGUUGGGAAGUCUUCUCUUAUCAAUUCUCUUGUUCGUAAGAAAGAACUCGCCCUCACUUCUAAGAAACCAGGGAAGACACAGCUUAUCAAUCACUUCUUGGUCAACAAGAGCUGGUACCUUGUGGAUUUACCUGGUUAUGGCUUUGCUAAAGCAUCUGAAUCAGCUAAAACAGACUGGUCUUCGUUUACAAAAGGUUACUUUUUAAAUAGAAAUACGCUAGUAUCUGUCUUGCUUCUCAUUGAUGCAAGCGUUCCGCCUCAAAGGAUUGACUUCGAUUGUGCAAAUUGGCUUGGACGCAACGAUAUACCAAUUACCUUUGUUUUCACUAAAUGUGACAAAAUGAAGGUGGCGAAGGGAAAGCGGCCUGAUGAAAACAUAAAAGAAUUUCAAGAGAUAAUAAAACAAAACUACAAACAACAUCCCCCGUGGAUUAUGACCAGCGGUGUCACUGGAUUGGGCAGAGAUGAGCUUCUCUUGCAUGUAUCUCAGCUAAGAAACUACUGGGAUCAAUAGGAGAGCAACUUAAAACAAGCAGAAUGUGAAUAUCUAUAAGAAGAGCAUUCCAUGCAGGAGCAACAUUGAAAUAACCAAAGAUACAAUCACAUAGAAGAGCCAUGUGAAAAAGGAUAUGGGCUGACUUGUAUUUCAGCUGAAUCAUUGUUCCACUCUGACCACAACCUGAUAUAUAUGCUAUCUAAAUCUUACACGUGGGUGAGUUUGAGUUGUUUGUAUACUGGAAUUUUACACUCUGUCAUGUUGUAGUUCUAAGCAUGUGGGAAUAAUACAGUAUAGGAAAUAUCAAUACUUUCAACUGUGAGUUUAUGAUUUUAUCUUUUUUUAAUCUUGAGUACAUGUUUCCGCAUACCAUUUCCUUUGCUUUUGUUUGCUGGAGGAAAAGGAAACUUGUGCAAUACUUGAACAUUAUUGAUGUUUUGCCGUAUUUAAUAGAUUUCCGCAGUUAUUGACGCGGCCCCUUUUUGCUUA